UUAUAUUGUGCGCGGCACGAGAGUCUGAUACUGCAAAUCAUUUAUCUUUACCUAAGAAACUUCCAUUCACUAGAAGACACCAAUAUCAUAUAAAAUCAACAUUUGAACAGCAUGGCGUUGAAAACGGAGAGGCAGGCAAUAGUGAUUCGGUCUGUCGAAGGACGCCCGGGCGAAGUUUACUAUCCUCUCGAGAAGAAAACGUACAUUGAAACGGAACCAAAAGACGACGAACUAAUCGUGGAGCUCUCCGCAGUUGCGUUGAAUCACAGAGAUUUGUUUAUUCGCCAGCAUCUUUACCCCGGGACUACCUUCGGUGUGCCAUUAUUGUCUGACGGCUGUGGCAAAGUAAUUCUCACCGGAAAGUCUCCAGCUGCGGCGGCUUUUCUCCACAAGCGAGUAAUUAUCAAUCCUGGAUGUGGUUGGGAGAAAGCUACAGAGGGUCCAGAAGAUCAGUCUGGAUACAAAAUUCUAGGAGGUACCAAGCUCAAUCCCAAAGGCACAUUCGCGGAAACUAUAUGCGUGAAGUGGAGUGACGUUGAAGAAGCUCCAAAGCAUCUUUCCGAUAUCGAAGCAGCUGCUCUCCCGCUUACUGGACUGACUGCCUGGCGUGCUCUCUUUACGAAAAGCGGAAAUGCCGUGGCAAAUCGAAACAUCCUUGUCACGGGUAUUGGUGGUGGUGUGGCUCUGAUGGUUCUUGCGUAUAGUGUGGCUAUGGGAAUCAACGUCUACGUUACAAGUAGCGACGAACAAAAAUUAGACAAAGCUAAGAAGCUUGGGGCUCGUGCAGGAGCCAAUUAUAAAACACAAGGAUGGGAGAAAGAGCUCAUCUCUCAACUCCCAUCGGAAAGACAGUAUUUUGAUGCCAUUAUUGAUGGUGCCGGAGGUUCGAUCGUGCACAGUGCCGUCAAACUUCUCAAGCAAGGUGGAGUCAUUGUAUCAUACGGAAUGACAACCGGCCCAUCGCUAUCAUUCUCCAUGAGUGCGGUACUAAAGAACAUUGAUCUUCGAGGGUCGACAAUGGGAUCACGCGAAGAAUUUCGCCAGAUGGUCGCCUUCGUCAAUGAACGUAGGAUAUAUCCAGUUAUUUCCCGCGUGGUAAAAGGGAUAGACAAUAUGCACGAAAUCGAAGGUCUUUUUGAAGAGAUGAAGAAAGGGGCACAGUUUGGCAAACUGGUAAUUCAUAUUCGUGAGAGCGAUGAUGAGUCAUCGCGAGGUUCUGGGAAAGCAGAAGUCAGACUAUAGCAUGCGGUAAAGACAAUCAAGUAACUUGUUCGUACAGAUUUCAUUAGAGAAACGAAGAAAUCCUUGUCAAAUACGUUCAUAACGAAAGGGGCAGCAUGAGAAUGUGGACUAUGUGAUCAAGCAGAUUAGCCCAACUAGCUUCAAG